CCCCCCCCCCCCAACAAAUGCGGGGGCUGCAUUUCGCUUUCAAUUCAAGCGUUGGGAGGCUCCGCCGUCACUCACUUGAGCCCACCUCGUGCGUGCGUGCGUGCGCGCGCGCGCGCGUGAGGGGGAGGGGGCGCACCUAACCACACCUCACCCCACCUUUGCACCUUCUCCACAACUCGGCUUGCGUCGUCUUUCGGGAUCGGCUCCCUUAAAAUGGACUUCCGCGUCCUGCCGCCGACGCACCUGAGCUCCGAUCCUCUUGUGCGCCAGGUGUUGCCUCUGUGAGCGCUUUUGUCGCGUCCGGCGCGGGGGCGCGGGGGCGCAGGGGCGCGGGGCGCGGGGCAUGCCCCACAACAAGUAGGAGAAGGGAGGAAGGCGACAAGCAGGGAGCCGCGCGUGAUGUUCGAUCAGGCCGCAACGGGCGACGGGAGCGGCCGGCGGCCCCCGGAGGCCAAGUGCCGCUCGCCGGCGCGGAGCUCCUCCGACACGACCGGGACGUCGUCGUCCUCCAGCGAGGACGGCCACGACAAACUUUUGGCGGCGGACCCCGAGUACUGCCGCAGGAUCCUGGUGAGGGACGCCAAGGGCGCCAUCCGGGAGAUCGUGCUGCCCAAGGGGCUGGACCUGGACCGGCCCAAGCGCACCCGGACCUCGUUCUCGGCGGAGCAGCUGUACCGGCUGGAGGUGGAGUUCCAGCGGUGCCAGUACGUGGUCGGCCGCGAGCGCACCGAGCUGGCCCGCCAGCUCGACCUGUCGGAGACGCAGGUGAAGGUGUGGUUCCAAAACCGUCGGACGAAACAGAAGAAGGACACCAGCAAGGAUUCGGACAAGCGCACGUCCUCUUCCUCUGAGUCUUUAGCUACCUGCAACAUCCUCCGUCUCCUGGAGCAGGGACGCCUCCUGUCGGGCCCGGGGCCGCCCGCCCCGAGCCCCCUCCCGGCUCCUCCGCGGCACCCCGCCAACGGAUCUCUGCUGAGCGGCUCCUGCGCCUCCCCCAGGAUGAGCGGCGGCGGCGGCGGCGCUCCCCCCGGCUCCUUCCCCGGAGCGACAUUUGGGCUGCCCCCGCCCACGUCGGGCGGCGCCGCGGCUCCCCCCCGGCUGGGCGUGCCGCCGGCGCGCUCCCUGUGCUUCUCCGUGCCUCUGCUGGGCGGCGCGCACCACGAGCUGACCUCCGCCUACGGCUGCGGCUCUUCGGCCUUUGAGCCGUAUAUGAGGAUGGACCGGAAGGAGGCCGAUAUCGGCGGGAAGAAAACGGUUUCUUAAAAUGACUUCCGGGACCCGAGGGGUAUCGUGUGGCUCAUGUAAUCGACUCUCCCUGCUGUUUUGAUAUGCUUUUGUCCAGUGUGCGCGUGCGCGUGCGCGUGCGUGAGGUGAGCGCCUGAACGAGAGCCGGCACAGCAUCAAGUGGUUUUCGUGCAGUGAAAUUCGAGGAGAAACGCGGAGGCUGUGUUCGAAAUCAUUCGCUAUUCGCUCGAGUGCGUUUGCAAUUUUGUUUUUGUUCAACUCUGCUGUUAUCCCCAAACGUUUUCCACAAGCGCCACCUAAAAGAAUACUUUGCUCUCCAAGUAUCACCAGCCUGACCCCCGUUAAAAUACAGCAGCUUCAUCAAAAACAAAAACGUUUGAAUACUUGAAAGUGUACUUUAAUCCCUCGCUUGAUCACCGUUCACUUAUUGCGGAUUUCUUUUUCUGCGACAGUGUCGUGCAGUGACUCACCGGCACAUCUCUGAUACACUUCACUUUAUUGGCAAUAGGAUUGGAACGUAGAAGUCAUGACUUCUUCUUAGCAGAGAAACAAACCCUCUGGAGGAACGUCAACUCAUACAUUUGGCAAGUUACCAAACUGCUUCAGGAUACAGCGAGCGAAGUGUUUUCAAAUCAAUUCCCCAAUACCGACCUCAGCCUGACGAAUGGCUAAUGAGCGCACUCAGAACAAGAUUGACAGGAACAAACGCGCGUAAAAGAGCAACGUUUGGCUGUCGCGAAAAACAUCACCGCGGUCAGUUCUGGGUUCCCGUAAUGCUUCUCGUUGACUUCAUUGUGAGAAACGGUGCCAAUGCUUAAGACAGCAAAUCGCCCGUUGCCACCGUGUCCGCACGUGCGCUUGUCCACGUCGGAAUCGCGUGUUGGCAUGGAAUUGCGUGUCUGAAAUUUCGACAUUUAUGUCCGAAAUAAGUGGCCACUAAUUUGCGGAUUUCAUUUAUUGUGGGGCUUUACUGUAUUUAAUAUUAUUGUAAGCCACCGGAACACGCCCAUUUUGUUUUACUUUAACGCCGCUUAAAUACAGGGAAAUAAAAGACUACGUAAAUAAUGCAGUUAAAUAAAAAUUGUGCCUCAAUAAAUAUUUUAAAACAAACACAUGAAAGGUUAAAUGUACAGUCCACAUCGAAUACCACCGAACCGCAGUUAAGAAACGUACUGUGCCGGAUGAAAAUAUACCCGCUGCAGCAUUCUCCAGUUUGAACAUUUCAUUGAGCGAUUCUUUUGCCCACCAGUAGAGGGAGCCCACAUACCACAUCGCAGCACGGAUAGACAUGAAGUGCUUUGUCCGGAUUGGUUUUGUGAAAGACGCUCCACUUCAAACAAUAGAAUGCUACCGUAAUUGAUUUUUUUUGUUCAACAUUUAUUACGGGAGUUCCGCCGGCAGACGUUGACGCAUUCUGGUCCGUUCUAAUUAUGCAACAGCAGACGUCGUUAAUGGUGCACCCGAGUCGUGUUGGAAAAAUAUUGCAUGUCACUGUUGACUCCAUCCAUCCAUCCAUUUCCGUACCGCUUCUCCCCACACGGGCACGGGGGAACAUACACAAACGCCACACAGGCGGGGCUGGAUUUGGACCCGUGAUCGGGAACGAGGAAAUGCGUGGAUGAUUCCGAACACAGCCUGUGCUCGAAAAAAAAAGUGUAGCAUUUAAACGUGUUAUUUCAAUAUGGUUGUGGUUCUUGACUCGCUUGUGUUUGUGAGUGAAAUAAUACUGUGGUAGCUCUAGUUCUGAUCGUUUUGUUCAAAAGAUGCCAGAAGUUGCUUUGGCUGCCAUAGUUUUGGAUUCUGACCCCAAUUCACCGGUCCUGGUUCACUCGGUACACGGUGUCUGCGGCCUGCGCUCUUUGCUUGGACAGCAAAACUUGACUUUUCGCUGGUGAGCACGACUGAACCCUGAUGCGAAUGGGGGGGGAAGAAUUGGACGCCCUCAAAUGUUUCGAAUUGCCGAGAUGAAUAGUUUCCCAUAAAUAUACCACAAACCCUGAUCCCUCCUUCCAAACUCCGUCCGUCCAUCCAUCCAUUUUCUUUCAGCGCUUCUCCUCACGCGGGUCGCGGGCCGUGCCGGAGCCUAUCCCAGCUGUCAUCGGGCAGGAGGCGGGCUACGCCCUCAACCGGUCGCCAGCCAAUCGCAGGGCACAUACGAACAAACGACCAUUCGCACUCCCAUUCGCACCUACGGGCAAUUUAGAGUCGCCAAUUCAUGCAUGUUUUUGGGAUGUGGGAGGAAAGCGGAGUGCCCGGAGAAACACGGGGAGAACAUGCGAACUCCACACAGGCGGGGCCGGGGAUUGAACCCCGGUCCUCAGAAGUGUGAGGCAGACGCUGGAACCCUUGGGCCACCGUGCCGCCCUUCCCAACCUCAUGUUACAACAUUCCCCAGUAGAGCAACAACACAUAGCGGACAUUCCGUAACUUCCGCUAACAUAGUUUCGCCCAGGCUGAAUUGAGCUCCUCCCUGACAUACGAAGAUCUUCGAACAGUCAAGAUGGACCACUUCCGCUUACUUCCUUGACACCAAUUGCCGGGGUUUUGGUACCAGCCUCGUGGCAUCUCAGGGUUUUACAUAAAGACACUCAGCGAUUAUGAGAACAGGUGAGAUUCGUUCGGGCGUUUUGCCGAUCGUGAUUCCUGUUCCGACGACCCUCGGCCCGUCUCCAACUUCAUGCCCACGUUCGAAGCACUUUAUGUUUGGGUGUCCUUGCGAGCCGCCUCUCCGCUUCGGAAGCAAUUGGACGAGCUUGCGCACAACGGCUCUGUCGCGUCCAAUGGAACGCAGUCUGUUUCCAAGUUGACGUGACUCGCGACAGCGGGAAAGCCUUCGGCGACGUUCCAAAAAGCGCAAUUGAAAUCAUUUUGGCCUCCGUUUGAGUUGUCGACUUGUUUUUUAAUCCACCUGCCCGCCGCCGUUUCAUGGAUUUGAUUCCGUCACUCUCGUCGGGAGCUUUUUAUUGCUUUCUUCUUUGUUUGGUUUUCCUGAAGGUGACCAGACUUGUUCAAACCGGUGUCCGCAGGUCCGAAAGAAACCAGUGGCCUCUGUGCGUAAAGCGGUCUUCUAGUUCUUACGCACACGGCUGACCCUCCCGCGCACACUCCUCAAAUGCAGACUUCUUUUUUCUCUCAUAUCCACGCACACGCACACGACUGAUGUUGUUGCGCUCAUGAACACAUACUAAAUGCUCACGCAAAUGCAACGCUCUAUUAACUUCCUCAUUAAGCCACUGAUACGCUCCCACACGCUGCAGAAUGAGUUUUUGCUCACUUCCUGAAACGUCAAACAUUUGCCACGUACGCGAGCGGAAGGCUUUCAUAGACGCUCCCGAAACGCCCAUUUCAGUCUGAUUCACGGGCCUCUUUCCACGCCGCCAUACGGACGGUGGCCAUUUUCGAGAGGCAAUCUCGAAUUCUAGCCUGAACGGCGCCUCGUCGUCGCAGCGCGACGCUUUGGAACCCUUCUGCUCGGUCGACUUGCCCUCCGCCCGCGUGGUCGCCGCUUUUCGUUGAGCACUACUUGUCACGCUGAGUUUUUGUUUUGGUUUGUUUUUUUGUACAUCGCUUGAACUAUAUGUACAGUAUUAUAUAUAUAUAUAUAUAUAUAUAUAUAUAUAUAUAAAUUGGUCUUUCUUUGGGAAUGGAAGAGGACAAAACAAAAGAAAAAAAUCCUUUCUAAAUCCCCUUUCCAGUUCUUUGUCUCAUUAACAUUUUGCACUUAUUUAAAGAGGAUUUCUUCUGUUUUCCGGGCUGGCCUUUCUAUUCACAUUCAGCCGUGAUAUCGAACAAUAAUCUAUAUGUACUUUUAUUCAUAUAAAUAUGCGUCUCUGUCAUUUGCCUCUUCUCGUCUUUGUGAUGUUUCCUCCACGCUCCUUUGCAGUCCAAAUAUCUUUUACACUCCCUCGACAUUCACACGUUUCAUA